UCCUAUAUAUACCAGUGGAUGACAAAUCAAAAACUGCAGACACAUAGCGAGAGGCAAACCCUCCACCGGCAGGUUCUUAUAAGGGAUCCUGACGCAGAGGAGCGCAGCUUUCAGAGAUUUCCAAAACCACUCAUGGAUCCGGAGAGAAGGCCAAGAGAUGAACCUCCAGUUCAUCUUUAUCACCCACAUCAGAUAAACAGAGGAGGUCAACAUCAUCAACACAGAAAUGAAGAAAGACGGCAAGAAUUAGUGGCAGGGCAACGUGUUCAAAGAGGUGGUGGCAGAAAUAUGCAGCAAGCUGGUAGGAUGCGGGAACAGAGAGCUGGUGGUCAACAUGAACUACAAGGCGGUGAACCUGUAGCUGGGAGAAGAAAUGGCCAACGUGCUGGAGAACAAAAUCAACGUGGUGGUAGACGAAAUGAGCAAGUAGGAAGGGGACAAAAUCGGCCUAGGGGUGGUGGGCAGCAUGUAUAUGAAGCUGGAAGGAACAAUCAAGAAGUCGCUCAAAAUCGUAGACAGUAUAGGCCACCACAAGAUAGAGAACAUGGAAGAGAACAGCAAGUUAGACGUUUGGGCUAUAAAGCUCUAGAAGGACUGCUAGAAAAGGAUCCUUCAGAAGUGGUAAUAACACUGGCUGCACAUUCUGGUCUCAAUGAUUUGCUGUCAUCCAAUGAAAUGAGGCCGGAUGUUGUAGAGCUGGUGUGCAAGGUGCUCUGCAGAGCAUGUACAGCUAGACUAGACAGGCAGAGUGUACAGCAUCUACUUGGACAGGUCAAGUCAUCCUCAUUCCUCCGCAUCUGCCUCCCACACUAUAUAGUUGGAAUGAUGACAGAGGCUGUGCCAGAGAGAAGACAUCGUUAUCCGGAUAAUAUCUUCAACAUACUGAGUCUCCUUCAGGAAAUCACCAGCAUUUUCCCUGCCAGUAGCUUGCAAGAAACCUCACUGGUGGUUUCUCUUAUACCUGGCUCUAUAAACGCUUUGCGUGCCUCUGGAGUAAAUGUUGGAGAGAAUGUAGAGCAAAGUCUUGAGAGAAUAUCAAAUUUAAUACAGCACCUUCAGGGUAGGAGGAGAGAGGGGACACUGUGAGUGGACACACACAUGGUUCUUGGGCCAGAGAUUGCUGUAGAAGACUUUAGAACCAUGAGUGUGUAUCCUGAUUAUGAAGAAAUUCACUUGAACGAAAAUCCUUUUCUUAGGCCAAAUACUUUAAAGAACAAAUAUGAAUCCACUGAACUUUACCUGGACACUCAUUUCAGACUUUUGAGGGAAGAUUUUGUGCGACCAUUAAGAAAAGGGAUCCAGGAGAUACUGAUGCAUCAUGAAGACAGAGGGUUUCGCAAAAUGAAGUUUGAUGACAUUCGAAUUUACUUUGACACACGUGUGGUGGCUCCCAUAUGCACACAUUCUGGUAUUAUCUACAAAGUGCAAUUUGAUAUUACACCAAUCAAGAGUAUUCGAUGGCAGAACUCCAAACGUCUGAUAUAUGGGUCUCUUGUGUGCUUAUCUAAAGAUAAUUUUGAAACCUUUCUAUUUGCUGUGGUUUCUAAUCGUGAAGUAACAGAGUUGGAGAAAGGUGAAGUCCAGUUGCAAUUCAGUGAGCAGAGCAGAAGACUACUUGCAAGAGCACGUCCAACAGAUUCCUUUAUUAUGGUGGAAACAACAGCAUACUUUGAGGCAUAUCGCCAUGUCUUGGAGGGGUUAAAGGAGAUGAAUGUCCAGGAUGUACCCUUCCAGAGAUAUAUAGUAUCAUGUGAGAGGGAUGUCCGAGCACCACGCUAUCUCAAUGCUGGUGAGCAGUAUAACUUUGCCUGUUUGUUAAAUGAAGACGUUAUAAAUUCAACUAUGGAGACCAAGAUAAAUGUUCUGAAUCCACGAGAGUGGCCAUCUAAAGAAAUUCUUGGCUUUGACGAGUCUCAAAUAGAAGCUGUACGGCUGGCACUCACCAAGGAACUUACCAUCAUCCAGGGACCACCAGGCACAGGCAAGACAUAUGUGGGACUGAAGAUUGCACAGGCUCUACUUACUAAUACUAAUGUGUGGCAAACAAAUGGACAUUCCUGUCCCAUCCUUGUAGUCUGUUACACAAAUCAUGCAUUAGAUCAGUUUCUGGAAGGAAUCCACAGGUUUCUGAAAGCAGGAAUUGUGCGUGUUGGUGGACGCAGCAGCAGCGAGAUUCUAAAAAAGUUUAAUCUCAGAGAACUAAGAGCAGGUUCGAGGCUGCAGAGAAACGAUCCAAUACACAUACGGAGAGCAAUCGGCGAAGCCAUAAGCAAGAUGAAGGAAUCAGAACUAAAGCUUCACGAGGGGUCACAGCUCCUACAGUGUGCAGCUACUGGGAUCAUUCAUGAAAGGUUCCUGGAGAAGUUCAUAAAGGAUAGGCACCUGGACAGUCUACUUAACAUCAUGAAUGAUGAGGAUUUCUUUUUCCCAACUGGGAAGACUUCAAUAAUCGUGGAAUGGCUUGGUUUGGGGAUCCUUCCUUUUACCCAAACAAUGGACCCAAAUGCAGCAGAUGAACCUGAACCUGAUAAUGUAGAGGAAGAGGAACCAGAGGAGGACCUGAUUGAUAUCCAAGAGGAGGCUGAAUUAAUUCAGGCUGAACGUAUGCUUGAUGAUGAUCAAGAUGAGAUGGGAAGACCUAGAAGAAAGAACAGGAAAACUGAGGAAAACGAAAUGGCCAGACUAAUACAGGCCAUGUCAUUAGACAGCAAGGAACCACAGGAAGAGCAGGAUCCUGAGGGGGGCUGGCAAAUGACACGGGACCAGAAAAGGAAGAGAAAGCAAAAGGUAAAGAAUGAGUUACGGAAAUUAGAAGUGAUAACAGAAGCCGAGGUUGACCAAAUUACAGAUCUGUGGAGUCUGGACCUAAAUACACGCUGGAAGCUAUACAGACAUUGGAUACAACUCUACCAGAUGGAUAUUCGACAGAAGAUUCUGGUUCAUGAGCAGAAUUAUCAGGACUCAGCAGAUCGCUUAAUGGAGCUGAGACAAAAGCAGGACUUGGACAUCCUCAGUCAUGCUACAGUGAUUGGCAUGACCACUACAGGCGCUGCAAAAUAUAGACGUAUCCUGCAGGAGGUGGGGGCGCGCAUUGUAAUCGUGGAAGAGGCAGCAGAAGUUCUGGAAGCUCAUACCAUAACCACUCUCAGCUCGGCCUGCCAACAUUUAAUUCUCAUUGGGGACCAUCAGCAGCUACGGCCAAGUGCCAAUGUAUACGACUUGGCCAAGAACUUUAACCUGGAAGUGUCACUGUUUGAGCGUCUUAUUCAAUCAGAUCUACCGUAUGUUCGCCUCAACUACCAGCACCGCAUGCGACCUGAGAUAGCGAGACUAUUGACUCCUCACAUCUACAGCGAGCUGGAAAAUCACCCAUCUGUACUAAACUAUGAGAACAUCAAGGGGGUUUCAACGAACCUCUUCUUUCUACAACAUGAAUUCCUGGAGCAAGAGAUCCAUGAUGGGAAGAGUCACCAGAACAAGCAUGAGGCAGAGUUCAUCGUGGAGCUGUGCAAGUACUUUCUACAUCAAGAGUAUAAGCCGUCCCAGAUCACCAUCCUCACCACCUACACAGGGCAGCUGUUCUGCCUUCGCAAGCUCAUGCCAACCAACAUUUUCUCUGGAGUGAAAGUGCAUGUGGUCGACAAGUACCAGGGAGAAGAAAACGAUAUUGUUCUUCUCUCACUGGUCCGUAGCAACAAGCAAGGAAAAGUUGGAUUCCUUCAGAUCGCCAACCGGAUCUGCGUAGCAUUGUCAAGAGCUAAGAAAGGGCUGUUCUGUAUUGGCAACAUGAAAAUGCUGGGCACAGUGCCCCUCUGGAGCCGCAUCCUUUAUACUCUACGACAGGGGGGACAAGUCGGAGAUCAGCUCAUGCUUUGUUGUCAGAAUCACCCUGACACCCGUACACUUGUCAGUAAAGCCAAUGAUUUCAAGAAGGUACCAGAAGGAGGUUGCACCCAAAAAUGUGAUUUCAGACUAAACUGUGGUCAUGUGUGUACACGGGUAUGCCACCCAUAUGAUCCUGAGCACAAAGAAUACCAAUGUAACAAAGACUGCCAGAAGGUGUUGUGUGCGGAUGGACAUAGAUGCAAACGAAAAUGUUCUGUGCCCUGUGGACCUUGCAUAGAGAAAGUGGAGAAGCUUAUGCCACUAUGCGGUCACCAACAAAUGGUGCCAUGCAGCACGUCUGUAAAUAAGUUCUGUUGCGCUGUACCAUGCAGCAAGCUCUUGAGAUGUGGUCAUCCAUGUGAAAAGCUUUGUGGGGAGGAAUGUGAAGAACGCUGUGACAAAACAGUAAAAGUGCAGCUAAAGUGUGGGCACAGUCAGGAGGUUCAGUGCUGGCAGAAACGGGACAUAGAGUUCGGUAUGCCAAUAAAAUGCAAACAGCCCUGCCGGGUUAAGUUAAGUUGUGACCACACCUGCCGUGGCACAUGUGAUACCUGCCACCAAGGUCGAUUCCAUGAAAGUUGCCGACACCCAUGCAAAGCUAUUUUAGUCUGUUCACAUGAAUGCAAAGGAGCUUGCACCAAUGAAUGUCCACCAUGCAGCAGGCCCUGCCAAAACCGAUGCGUCCAUAGCCUAUGUAAAAGGAAAUGUGGAGAAACCUGUGUUCCAUGUAUGGAGCCCUGUAACUGGAGAUGUGAGCACUAUGCUUGCAGCAAGCUUUGCUCUGAGCCUUGUGACCGCCCACCAUGCAAUGUCCCAUGUACAAAGCCACUGAGAUGUGGACACCCUUGCAUUGGUCUGUGUGGUGAGCCCUGCCCUAAAAAGUGUAGAGAGUGCCAUAAGGAAGAGGUCAGUGAGAUCUUUUUUGGUUUUGAAGAUGAUGACGAUGCCCGCUUUGUGCAGCUGGAGGACUGUGGCCACAUUUUUGAGACUCAGGGUAUGGAUAUAUACAUGAACGGCGGCAAUGACUCCGAAGAGAGUGUUGCAAUCAAAUUCAAAGUGUGUCCAAAAUGUCAGACUCCAAUAAGGAAGAACCUAAGAUAUGGGUCAGCCAUCAACAAAACUCUGGAUGAGAUUGAGAAGGUCAAGAAAAUGAUAAAUGGGGCAGAGGAUCUACGAAAUGAAACAAAAAACAGACUCUUAAACACUCUACAGCAGAUGGUGGAUGUCAGAAGAAAUUUUCCUGAGGAAUAUUCAGAGUUAAGAGAAGGAUUGGAGAAUUCAGAUGCACCCCUCAGAGCAUUGCUCAGCUUAGAAAACAAGAUGCUGUUCUAUCAAAGAAUAGCCAAACUGUUCAUCAACAUAGCUAAAGUGGAUGAUGUGGAGAAGAAGACACUGAAGAACAGCUUGCUAGAAAUAAAGAAGUGGUUGGAAAAAACACGUUUGUUUUUCACAGAGCAAGAACUUUCUGAUCUACAAUGUGAACUGAUACGUUUCAGCUACCUUCAAGAAUUGCUCGUAGGAUGUAAAGAGGCCAAGUCUAGAAUCACCCCAGAGAUCCGUAAAGAAAUCGAUGUAAUAAGAGAUGUUUUGGAAAGAAGAAAAAAGUUCACAGAGGAGGAUCAAAACUUUGUGAAGAUGAAACUUAAAGAGUUGAUGAAAAACCUUCCACGCUCAGGACUUGGGAUUACAAAUACCGAGAGAGUUAUGAUUGUGGACGCCAUGGCCCUUCAGAAGGGUCACUGGUUUAAGUGUCCCAACGAUCACGUCUAUUGUAUUACAGAAUGUGGGGGGGCAAUGGAGCGUUCCAGAUGUCCUGAAUGCAAUGCAGUCAUUGGAGGAACCAGUCACAAUCUUGAGCCAACCAACAGAUUGGCACCAGAAAUGGAUGGUGCUCAACAUGCUGCUUGGUCUAACACUGCAAAUAACUUGCAAAAUUUUGAAGGCCUUAGGGAUCUUCUGGAUUAACAUACCACCUACUUGGAAAAAACAAAACAAAAACUUUUUGGACAGCUGUAAAUGGAUGUCAAAUGCUAAGACAAGAUAGACUGCAGCUGCAUCUCCCUCUUACCCUCCCUCUUGUGCUGUAGUGCAAAUGAACUUUUUAGUGACUGAAACAACAUUUCAAAAAGUCUACAGGCAAGAAAAAGGGAAAUACAGGACAUUGGAGCUGGAGGAGACAUCUGACAAACUGAUUUAUGCAAAAACAUUAUAAGUAUGCUUCAAAAUUAAGAAAUAUGCAGACUGACAUUAUAUGCUGCAAGUAUGGCUUUUGGUAGAACCAUAGGUCCCAUCAGAAAAAAUGACUACAAAAACAGAACAACGUGGAUCUACUGUAAUAAAUGUUCAAGAUUAAUCAGGGAAUUAAGAAACGCACAGCAGAAUAUUGUAUCAGGUAUUAUGAGCACUGACACAUGUAUGAAUAUGUCCUGCGUGAGUAUUGUAUGGGCUCAUUCACUUAGUCUUCUGCUCAAAUAUAACAUCGGCCAUGUUUUUAUAAUAUUAUACAAUGCUUCAUGACGUACAUUUUUUUUCCAUUGUGAUCUUGCAGGUGCUGACAGAGCAAA